AUGGAGUAUGUGAAGAAGAAAAAAUCUGGUCUGAAGAAUGACAAAAGGAAGAAAAGACAAGACAAUUCAAGACCGACCUUUGACGAGCAGAAUGAUUCAGUGACAAACUCUUCGUAUGAUUCUAAUCAGGCUGAGCACAAGUCUCAAAGCCAUAAAGCUAGAAAGAAAAAUAGGAAUAGAGGAGAGGAUGACACUAACUCCUCGUCCAGGAAAGAUCCCUACAGCUCCUAUAGACCUAGCAAGCCAUCUAGAAGCUCUUAUAAUAGUGCUCAAGGGACUGAAGAUCUUGGUGACCAAUAUCAAGGCUCUAAGCCACCUCAGAUACAUACAAAGAAGAGAGACCAGAAAGCAUUUAAGAAAGGUCUUGAUAGAUCAAAGUCUAAUGAAAUAUGUAAAUUGUUUUUGACUGGAUCUUGCCACAAAGGAGAUGAUUGAAUUUUCUCUCACAAUUUGAGAGUCCAUCCAUGCAAAUAUAUUCAUGCAACUGGAACUUGUAGGAAUGGAGAGAAGUGUCCUUUUUCCCAUCAAAGACUUGAGCAUCACGAGAUCAUCCGAUUCAUUGAAGAGAACGAGGAUUUCCUUGACCAAGUCUAUAAGGAUUGUGGAGCAACAAAUCUUGGUGCCUAUUACUGCCAGUACAAGAUAGAAAAAGAGAAGAGAAACAAGGACAAGUACAGACCAGAAAUUCUAACCAAUGCUCAAGACCUUGUUCUUCCUAAUGAAAUGAGGAGAGAUAUAGACCUUCAAAAUACUAAAGCAAUAAUACCUCAUGGAAGGAGCCUUGAAGGACAUAUAAUAGAGACUCAUUCUCAUAAUACUGGGCAAAUGUAUGAUACUUUUAAUGGCGGCAGCUCAAUUCUAAUGGCAAAUCAGAGUAAAGAAAUGAUGUUAAACAUCCCAAGAAAUCAGAUUGACUUGCAGAACAGAGAUGGAAGAAUUCAAAAUUUGAUGACAGCAAGAAAUCCACCUCAAGCUCACAGAGAAAUACAAAGUCACCAUCAAAAUAUAAUCAAAAACCAAAGAGCUAAUCAAAUUCAAAACCGUAUGAUAAUUCCAAUUUCUGGAGAAGUGCCACGCCAAAUGGAUGCAUCAAUAAUUGGCCAAGGUCAAAGAAUGAAGAUAGCUGGUGGCCAUAUCCCCAUAAUGAGCACUAAUAGACAGAUUAGACAAGAGAUUCCUCUCAGAGGAAGAACUAUGAGUAAUCCCAGAGAUAUUCUUGCUCAAGAUUGUAUCAAUAGGGGCAUUUACAACUCUCCAAUUGUCCCUCAGAGUACUAGGGGAAAUCCUCAAAGUCAAUAUUCCAAGUCUCCCUCUCACUUCAGAGACGAAGACUUACAGCUGCAAAGAGAUAGGAUGUCUGUAAAAGCUAGGAGCUUCUCCUAUAACAGGAUGAAGAUCCACAACAACCAACAUGGGCAUCACCAAGUUAUUCCAGAUGGAUUCCCUGCUGAACAAGAGAAUGGUGACGAAAAAUUCUUCCCAAAGUCAGUCCUUUCCACAAUAUCUAGAUCUCAAGAGAAUGCAGAGGCUAAAGAUCAGGGAGACGAAGUCAAAGAGCUCGUCAGACUUGGAAUCCUUCCAGAAGACUACGAGAAAAUAUCAGUAUCUGAUGAUUCAGAUUAAUAGCGAUAAGUCAUCUUCAUCGUGUUUCAACUUCA